AAAUCCGCUUUAUUUGCUGUUUGGUUUGAAUCGGCGGAGGCGCAGCUUUUGUUCGCUGAAAUUUGAAGAGUAACGGAUUCCUGGUUUUUAAGAGCGUUUUUACAAAACGGUGGAAAAAACAAUUAUUAUAUCCCGAAAAAAGGUUCAGUAUAAUUGAAAAAUGACUCGCACCAAAGCCAAACGAAUGGUCAGUAAGAAACGCGGCUCUGCCGACGAGAAAAUGCGCCUGGAAGGCAAGAUCCGGGAUUUCGACGUUACAGCCGAAUGUGAACUAACUAGCUUCGAAUUGAAGUUUCGCGAGCAGAUGGAUAAAAUUCAGCAGGUGAUUGAUGCGCUGAAGAAUCGAAUUCCUAAGAAAAUCCUCGGAAUGACCGUCAGUAUGGUCAGAGAAUAUAACGAAGAAGUCGAGAAAAACGAGACAUCCUUCUGUGGAGAUCGAACGGCUUUGUUGGCGCACAACUUCAGCGUUCUUUUGGAGAAAUCGGCGCGCAAAAAGUCCAAAGAUGAUGGUUACCUUACAGAGGAAAGCGAAAACUGCGAACGUCUCUCAACGUUGUCCACCUCGAAACGCAUAGGACCGCUAAUGUCUGCCAAGUUUCGACGCCGUAGCAAAUCGACCGGAUGCACCAACACAUCGGUCAUCAAUCGGUCACUUUUUCAAACCACCGGUACGAUCGAUCGUUCCGUGCUGGGCAAAACUUUGACCACAAUCGGAACCAUGGGUUCUAAGGAUCGUGCAUCGAGAUCUAAACUUAAAACAGCGAUGCCAAACCGACCGAAAGCGAUAAGUGUGGACCGCAUUUACGGUGCAAUUACUCCAAAAGUACAACCCAACACUCCGAUGGCCAUCAUCCGACACGCCAAACUCGGCGAACCUGUGUACUCGAUUACUGGAAGUCCCGUUAUCACUGCUAACAUUCUGGAAUCAACCGCCAACGUUAACAUCCCGGUUGCCAACGGGAUGCUGUCGAUUCGACCAACCGAGCUCGAGAAUGUUGAUCCUAAUCUGGUGAGCAAGAUCGAUCCGCACGUUAUGGUCGAACUGAAACAGCUGCAGGAGAACCUGAAUCUCAUCAUGCGUACGCUCAAACUGUAGUUUGAUUUCGACUCAGUUGAUUCGCGUAUCGAUAUGUUUAUUUGUAAUUCUUCUUUUCAACAGUGAUUUUAUGUAGGGUCCUGGAACCUUUUUUCCAGGUAGUCUAUUUGUAGAGGACUUUCGAUAAUUCAACGAAUGUAGUGAACCUGUUAAUAAGGGUAGUUUGUUCCUCUUUUAAUUUGGAAUAAUUUUACA